AUGCCGGACGGCAUCCUCGAGCACAUCCUCGGCUUCCUGCCGGCUCCGGAGUCCGUGCGGACAUGCGUGCUUGCUCGGCGCUGGCGCCAUCUCUGGAGGUUCGCCACGGGAAUGCGUGUCGGGUGCGGCGGUGACGACGAUUUCCUGACGCCGGUGAAGGAGCGCCGGGAGUUCAUGGACCGCGUGCUCCUCGGUGGAGAAUCGCCCCUCCACACGUGCGAGUUCAAGCUCGGUGAGUUCCAGCACGAGGACGUGCCCCGGGUCAACCACUGGCUCCGGCAUGCCAUGAUGCGCAAAGUGCGUGUGUUCAGUCUCAAUAUGUCGCCAGAGGAGGCUCCAACUCCAUACCUCGAGCUCGAUGAUCAGCCGCUCGCUUCCCAGCACUUGACAAGGCUAGAUCUCUCUUAUGUACAGGCCCGCAACAGUUUCCUCGACUUCUCAAGCUGCCCGUCGUUGGAGAAUCUAGUGCUGCGAUACUGUGAGUUCUGGUCUGCCACCAAGAUCUCAUCCAAGUCAGUGAAAGAUCUAGCCAUCAUUAGCUGCGAAAUCACAGCAUCCAUAUCGGAGCAUCCCAUUCCCCGCCUCUGA